AUGGGAGACCAAGUCGUAACAUUACUGGGCCGUGACCAAUCUGCAUUGACUGAUUUCCUUGCGUCACAUAACAUCUCGGCUGCUCAAAUUCGGAUCGAUGCGGACCGUCGAAGGCAACAAGCCGGUGAAGGCGAGUCAACUCAAGACAACGAAGCAUCCGAAACAGUAGACACCGUCGAAACUAUCUCGGUAACAGUAGAGGCAAGCUCCUCCUCACGGACGACGAGAGGCCGUAAUGCCGCAGCAGAACAAAAAGCCAAAGCUUUAGAAAAGAUCAAAGCUAGCAAAUCGUUCAAAAAGCGCAAGAAGAGAGCUGGAGAUGACGAUGACGACGAUGACGAUAUAGCCAAGGCCAUCUUUGACGAGAGGCGGGCGCCGCUUCCCGGCCAAAUGGACAACUGCGAAAUAUGCGGGAAGCGCUUCACUGUAACCCCUUAUUCUGUGGCAGGACCUGAAGGUGGCCUUUUGUGCGCUCCCUGUGGGCGCGAGGUGGCCAAACAGCGAGAGGGGCAGCCUAAAAAGAAACCUCGGAAGCAGACAGGCGGCGUUGGAUCACGACGAACCAUCCAGAGUCGAAUGCUUGACGGAGAUGUCGGAACGAAAAGCCUUGCUACCCUGUGCGUACAAACGCUGGCAAAGAACGUAGACUUGGCAGAAAGCUUGGGUGACUUGCCAGAGCAUCUCAUCGAUAAGAUUGCUCGAAUAUUUUCCAAGAGGCGAUUGCUGAAACCGGAUACCUUACCUUUAUUUAUGCAACCAUCUACCGAAGUUUUGCAUAUUUACGACGGAGCAAAGCUGGGCCAUCAGGAAUUUAUCAACAUCUUCCAGGUGGCCUCGAACCUGAAGAAAUUCAAGGCGCGGUGCGCAGUCCAGUUCAAAGAUGAGGUUAUGGAUUACUUGCUCUCGAGGGACAUUCUUCUCGAAAGCUUCUACCUCCAUGGUGCCAAUCUGCUAAGCGAAGAUAAAUGGCACGAAUUCCUCGCUGCCAAGGGCAAACCAUUGAAGGAACUGCAAGUCUAUUAUACCGAUAAGCAUUUCGGAGACGAAACUAUGGGGGUUCUGAAGGAGCAUUGCCCCGAGUUGACUCGUCUCAAGGUCUGUCACAACCAAAAGGUCACAGAUGCGGGAGUAAUCGCGAUUGGAAAUCUUUCUACCCUGAGACACCUCAGUCUGGAACUCCAGCAGGAUCUCUCAUCAGAUGCCCUCAAGGCUUGUAUCGCUCAGAUCGGGAAGGACCUCAGAACGUUGUCCUUUAAGAUUGUACCCGAUGCUGACGAUGGUGUUCUCGAGGCUAUUCAUAAUAAUUGCCGUUCGUUAGUCAAGCUUCGCAUUACGGAAAGCGAAACCAUGACAGACGAGGGCUUCGCUCGACUCUUCACUGAGUGGGAGAACCCGCCGCUGGAUUUCGUGGACUUGCAAAAGUGCCGACAGCUAGAUGCUGCUCACCCGCGGCAGAACCCUAAAAACAUCGGGCUCUGUAGCGAAGGAUUCAAAGCGCUUAUGAACCACUCUGGGCAUACAUUGAGGCAUAUCAAUGUGCAUGCUUGCCGACACAUCUCUCGCCAGGCUUUUGAGGAAGUCUUUGACGGAACGAAACAGUAUCCAGAGUUGCGACACCUUGAGAUUAGCUUCUGCGAAGAAGUGACGGACUUCAUCCUUGGGUCCAUAUUUCGAGCCUGCCCAAACAUCAAAGAGGUGAACGUCUUUGGUUGCAUGAAGGUCAAGGAAGUCAGAGUGCCGCGGGGUGUGAUAUUGGUUGGCGUACCCAAUGCUCAGGGAAUGAUAACCGAGGGGACAGAUUAA